CCUGACCAAUUUAACUCCUGAGGAGGUAGCAGGCAUUUCCUCCCCCACAGUCUCACUUCUUUUCAAAGCCACCAACCCCACAUCUGCUCUGGUCCAGCCUCUCAACGGCAGCAGUGUGCAGCCAGGAGCCAGCAGCCUGGGACCAGGGGACCCCCUCCAGCUCUACCUCCCACUUCCACCCAGGGCCCAGGACCCCAGGAUGCAGUCCAACAUCACCGUGUGCCCCGUCCUGGACGACAUGAGACAAGACACGGCCCCCGGCAACUCGAGCCACCGCUACAUCGACUACGCCUCGGUGACGCUGCACGGCCUGGUGUCCCUGCUGGGCAUAGCGGAGAACGCUGUCAUCCUCUUCGUGGUGGGCUGCCGCAUGCGCCAGACGGUGGUCACCACGUGGGUGCUGCACCUGGCCUUGUCCGACCUGCUGGCCACGGCCAGCCUGCCCUUCUUCACCUACUUCCUGGCCGUGGGCCACACGUGGCGGCUGGGCACCCCCUUCUGCAGGCUGCACUCGUCCAUCUUCUUCCUGAACAUGUUUGCCAGCGGCUUCCUGCUCAGCGCCAUCAGCCUGGACCGCUGCCUGCAGGUGGUGAAGCCCAUCUGGGCUCAGAACCGGCGCACUGUGGCGGGGGCCCAGAAGGUGUGCCUGGCGCUCUGGGGCCUGGCCGUGCUCAACACUGUCCCCUACUUCCUGUUCCGAGACACCAUCCAGCGAAAGGACCUCCGGAUCAUGUGUUACUACAACGUGCUGCUCUACAGCCCCGGGCCGGACCGCAUGGCCACCUGCGGGCGCCGCCAGAUGGCGCUGGCGGUCAGCAAGUUCUUGGUGGCUUUUGUCAUCCCCCUGGCCAUCAUCGCCGCCUGCUACCUGGCCGUGAGCCUGCAGGUGCGCUACCGCUGCCGGCGCCAGCCCAGCCGCUUCGUGCGCCUGGUGAUGGCCGUCAUCGCGGCCUUCGUGCUCUGCUGGCUGCCCUAUCACAUCUUCAGCCUGCUCGAGGUGCAGGCCCACUACGACCCCCGCCUGCGGGCGCUGGUCAAGCUGGCGCUGCCCUUCGUGAGCAGCCUGGCCUUCAUCAACAGCGUCAUCAACCCCUUCCUCUACGUGCUCACCUGUCCCGACGUGCUGCGCAAGCUGCGCCACUCCCUGCGCUGCGUGCUCGAGAGCGUGCUGGUGGAGGACAGCGAGCUGGGCUGCGGCAGCGGCCGCCGGCGCCGCAGCUCGCAGGGGCCCUCCUUGUUCCGGUCCUCUUCCACCAGCAGCUCCGGGGGCUACCAGGGCCGCUGGGCCGCCUGCCUAGUGGCCAAGGUCACCAGACAGCCGAGGAGGGCCUCGGCCCCGGCCCAACUGCAGGAAGGGGCGGCCUUGAAGUGAAGCGGCGAUUCCCUCCCUCCCCCCACUCCCCGCAGGACCAGCGGCCAGGGCCCUUC